CAGUCCGCUGCGGUGGCGGGAGAGACAGUAGCGGCAGCUUUUUCAGAAAAUAGAAAUAUUGUUUUUCGUGUGAGUGUAAUAUAUGUUUACAUGAAAUUCACACGAGGCUGGAGCGAUUAGACGCGGUCGUGGAAGUUCGCGUAGCUGCUAGUUAAUAAUAAUAAUGAGUCUCGUCCUCUCCGAGCAGUGUUCAGCAGUGCAGGAGGAGGGUACAGUCUCUCACACUGCUGUCGAGGAGAGCGGUUCGGACAGCGGGAUGGGGUCCCCGAUCCACCCAGAGGGGGGCGCUGUGCUGCCUGAGAACACAGAGAGCGGAGGAGAUUCGGAGGACGAGAUUCUGGUGAACAGGAAGUCACGCUGCAGGAAGGCCCUGAGAGACAGUGAGGGGGAGGAAGAGGCAGAGCCAGCUAACAUCCUCGUCCUAUCAGAGUCCAGCGAGGAGGAGGAGCAGGGGCUGAAGAGGAAGACAGGAGGCAGGAUCAGCAGGGCUGCUCUGGACAGUGAGGACAGCGAAACAGAGACAGGACAGGGGGAUGGACAGGACAGCCCGGCAGCUUUGACCCCCCAGAGAGAGAGUCCACUGAAGAGACAGAAGCAGCACUACAGACUGACAGAGGAGAGAGGGAAGGAGCGAUCCCGACGAAGGAAAGAGAAGGAUGAGAAGAGGCUGAAGAAGAAAGUAAACCAGCAGGAUGAAGAGGUGUCCUCUGCACCCCCCACCUUGAGUGACAGCGGCUGUCUCCUUGGCGACAGCGACCUGUUUGACACAGGACUGGGAGAGGAGGAAGAGGAGGAAGAGUCUUUGGAUGCGAUCAGAGCUGCUGUGAGACACAAAGUAAAAAAACACCAGGAGAGGCCGAUGACACCAGAGCUGGAAGAGGAGGAGGAGGAGGAGGAAGAGCGUGAAGAGCGUGAGGGUGAUGAAGAGGAGGGGGGCGAAGGGAUAAAAAAGAAGAGGAAGGAGCGGAAGGCGGCCCGCGCCAGCAAGGAGGCGAUGAAGCAGCUUCACAGCGAGAGCCAGAGACUCGUGAGGGAUUCCUCUCUGGGGCUCCCCUACCACCUGCCGCAGCCCAAAACCAUCCACGACUUCUUCAAGAAGCGCCCGCGACCAGCCUGCCAGGGGAGUGCCAUGGCACUGCUCAAGUCUUCAAAAUACCAGCUGUGUAUCUCUGAGGAGAGUCUGGACCCGGCACAGAACCUGAACCAGAACCCGAGUGAGACCCAAGACCUGCCCGCUGAUCCUGAGCAGGCUGUCCCCGUGGAAACGGAGCUGGAGUCUGAGGCGGCCUCCUCCGAGCUCCCCGCUGCCUCUGAGGCAGUGCCUGGACCGGGGGAGGUGGAGUUGGGAGGCUGCAGUGCGGCAGUAGAGACUGAGACUGCUCCCUCAAACCCGCAGCCCUCCGAAUCACCUCUCCGCCUCCCUCCCAGCAAACCCUGCAGGAGCAGCAGGCUGGAAAAGCUGAGGAAGCUGGGCCUCGACCCGCCUCCGCAGCCCAGGCUAUGUGCCGACGAGGGGGCCUUCGUCAACCUGGACCCCCCUGCCGUCAACACAGAGCUGGAGGCUCUGAAGCUGCGGUUCCUGAAGCACAGCCAGCCCCCAGCGAAGCCUCGCGGGUCGCGCACGCUCCAGCUCAGCGUGGUGCGUAAGGAGGCCUGCGCCGAUGGGAAGCAGGAGCUCCGAGCCGACACCGUGUCCGUGACCCUGUCCGGAGAGCCGGCGGAGGAGCCAGGCUGCACCAAACCAGGGGAGAAGCUGGUCCUAUUGAAGUCCAAGCUGCAGCAGGCGAUGGCUCAGCGCAGGCAGGAGGAGAGGCAGAAACGAGCUGCCCUGUACAGGCUGGACAAUGAGGACUGCCUGGAGGAGGAGGAGGAAGAGGAGGAGAUGACAGACGAGUCUGAGGGAGAGGAAGAGGGUGUUGACUUCCUUCUGGGAGAGGGGGGUGAAGAGGAGAGAGGGGGGAGCUCCAAUCUGGGAGGUCCUGGCAGUGCCGACCCUCACCUCUCCGAGGGGACCCUCAUGCUCUUCAGCAGGUCCUGCUCACAGACCGGUGACCAGGGAGGGGAUGGAGUGAGGAGAGCCCUGCAGACCGGCCUCGAUGGAGACAGCAAGCUGGAGGAAGACGAUUCUUCUCUCCCGUCUCUGCCCAAAGAGAACAGCCACAACAGCAGCUUCGAGCUCCUGGGCUCCAUGAUCCCGUCCUACCAGCCCUUCAGCAAGCAGGGGGGGAGAGGGGUGGGAGCGGCCGGGUUUCGCUCCCCGUCUCCUGGAUUCUUCAAACCCAGCUUCCUGAGCUCCGCCUCCAAGAGCUCAGAGAAGCUGUCGGAGCCCUCUCUCCCAGUGGAGGACUCCCAGGACCUCUACACGGCCUCUCCUGAGCCCAAGGCCUGCCAGCUGGGAGCCGAGGAGUCUCGGUUCCGCUUCUCCCUGGAAGAGGAGACUCAGAGCCGGCUGCUGGAUGCAGACGGCUUCCUCAACGUGGGGUCCCGGGGCUCCAGCCAGUACCAGCCCUCCAAGAGGCAGCUGAUCCUGGGCAGUCUGGACGAGAACGCCAUGGAUGGGAACAUGGGGGAGCUCGUGGGGCUCUGCUCCGGGACGUUCCAGACUCAGAACCUCAAGGAUUCUGACUGUACCACCCAGGACAGUAACAUGGGGGGGCUCGUGGGGCUCUGCUCCGGGGCGUUCCAGACUCAGAACCUCAAGGAUUCUGACUGUACCACCCAGGACAGUAACAUGGGGGAGCUCGUGGGGCUCUGCUCCGGGACGUUCCAGACUCAGAACCUCAAGGAUUCUGACGGUACCACCCAGGACAGUAACAUGGGGGGGCUCGUGGGGCUCUGCUCCGGGGCGUUCCAGCCCCCGGAGAGCUGCGGUGGGGAGGACAGCACUGAGACGAACAUGGAGGAGCUGCUGGGAUUGUGUUCGGGGAAAUUUGCUGCGGCAGAGGGAUCCUCCCCCGCCUCCCUCAAACUGAACCCCUCACAGGGAGCACAGCAGACGGGCUGGAGCGGAGUGAAGGGAGCCGCAGCCCUGAGCACACGGAGGGAUGAAGAGCUGCAGGAGGAAGAGGAGGACUGUGAGUUCCAGCUGAUGACUGACGUGGGGAGCUUCUCCAGUGAAGAGGAGGAUGGUGCGAGUGAGGGAGAGGGAGGUGAAGAUGGAGAGGAGGACUGCAGCGAGGAUGAGGAGGAGGCGAUGGCCCGAGCCCGACCGCCUGGGUUCAAGAGGAAGAUGCGGAUGGCUGACUUCCUGGAGGAGGAGGCGGAGCUGUCUGGCAGCGAGCUGGGCAGCGAGGAUGAGGAGGGGGGAGCCGAGUGGAACGAGUAUGAGGAAGACGAGAUUCAGGAGGAGCUGCCGUCGGACGAGGAGCUGCAGGACCAGGUCAACAAAAUCCACAUGAAGCAGCUGCUGGACGAUGACAAGCGGGCGCUGCGUCUCUACCAGGAGUGCUACCUGGCUGACGGGGACCUGCACUCCGAGGGGCCAGGGAGGGCCCGCCAGUUCAGAUGGAAGAACAUUGACGAGGCCUCUCAGAUGGAUCUGUUCCACGGAGACUCGGAGGAGGAGGGAGAGGAGCAGCUGGACGAGGCGGAGGUGCAGUGGAGGAGGCAGAGGCACGAGAGGGAGCAGUGGCUGAGAGAGCAGCAGUCCCAGAGCACAGGAGGCGAGGCAGUGACCGUGGAGGAGGAGGAGCAGGAGGAGAUCGGAGAGGACAGUCAGUUCAUGAAACUGGCCAAGAAAUUUGCCGCCCGGGCCCUACAGAAGAAAGAAUCCCCAGUGGUGCCGGUGAAGGAGAGGAAGAUUCUGACCCGAAACCCGUUUGAGAAGCCCGCUCCGUUAGCUCAGGUGAAGACUGGCUCUCUGCUGAGCCGCUCAAAGGAGCUGAUGCAGACGUUGUCGUCUCUCUCUGAGCUGAACCCCAGCGGGCCACGCAGCGCUCGGAACUUCGUGUUCCACACAGUGUCCCCCGAGAAGGGCUCCGAGCCCCCCAGCCCGUCCCAGACACAGGCAAUGAGGAGACGCCCGGCCGCCGUCAUCGCCCCCGCAGCAAAGCGUCCCAGGAAAGAGGCAGAGGGGCCCCAGAGGAGCAUCUUCCGCUUCCUGGAGAGCUGAGGGGCCCCGGGGUCAAGCUGCCGUGGGCAGGACCUCUUCAGUUGGGUCUCUCCAGGAUUCAAGUCCCCCACAGUAAACCUGUAAUACCUCUGUUUCUCAUUGACCCUCCACUAUCCCAGCAUCCCCAGCAGGACGCUCGAGCCCUCUUGAGGAUCUCUGUGGCAGAUCCUUAACUGAUCCUGCUCAGUCUUCAUGCAUACUUUUUAUAAUGUAUGUCUCUGUGUCUGUCUUCAUGAAUUGUGUUUCUUAAAUGUACAUAAACCACGUUGAAAGUUUGAAACUCUAUACAGCAAGAUUUUUCUUUGUAAAUUGUAAUAACUGUUUUGUAUUGACAGAUUGCCGGUUGUGUUCAAUGCAGUGUUGUUGUUGUUGUUGUUGUUGUUGUUGUUGUUGUAGUAAUUCUUAUUAAAGAGAUUCUUAUUGGU